GAGAGAAGGAGAAAGAGAGAGAGAGCGAGACCCCAUGACACGCAGUCCCCGGAGACCCGUGGAGUGAGACAGCGGGUAAUCCCAGGGUAAAGGACCACUCCAACCCUGCGCGGUUGAUAUUAACAACUGUAGGCUAUAUUUUCCAUACCGGUGGGGUCGAAUGAGUGGGUGGAUGUCUGGACAGAACACAGGAAUUGAUCUCUUGAUUGGGUGGCUGAGCUGCGAUUGGGACUCCGGAGAAACGGGGUCACGUUGAGAAUAGCAGCCAACUCAAUGGAUUUCAUACACGCAGAAUGAACCGCCAAAAGGGAAAGAUGGGACACGGGCACGCCGGCGACUUUAUUGGGCUUUUGUGGAAUCGACGCAGCGGCACUAUGGAUAAUUUAUUCUAUCUGAGCGGCUCAGAAAGCCUUCGUGUCUUCACAGAGAUGAAGUUAUGUGAGCUGAGUUUACAGUAGAAUGGCCCUCCUCGGAUGGGACUCUGAGGGAAGGCGAUGGCAACUUUUCACCACAGCAACCCAACGGAUAGAGACAUCAGGAGAGUCCUCCAAAAACUUAUAAUCAUUAUAUCUUUGGGAAUCAUCUGUGUGUCGCUCUUCUACUUCUUCACGGGAUGCUGCGAGUCGGACAUAACGGAAAACUCAGUAUCGGACAGACCCGCCAGCGAUGACAGAAACCUGACGUUCUAUAACUACGUUGUACCGGUACAGGAUGAAGAUGGAUACCCAGGGACCGGGGAGGGGAGCACACUGACGCCCGGGUUGGAGACUGAUAACACGGGUAAAGAUUGGAAGGCGACCCGGCGGUUACCCCAAGCCCUUAUUAUAGGAGUGAAGAAGGGUGGCACGAGGGCUUUGCUGGAGUUUCUCAGGCUGCACCCGGAUAUCCGCGCGCUGGGCUCUGAGCCGCACUUCUUUGACCGGCAUUACGCACGAGGCUUGCACUGGUACAGGAGUAUGAUGCCCAAGGCCUUGGAUGGCCAGGUUGUCAUGGAGAAGACACCGCGUUACUUUGUUACUGUGGAGACCCCGGGGCGUGUACACUCCAUGUCGCGUGACGUGAAGCUGAUUGUGGUGGUCCGAGACCCUGUGACCCGGGCCAUCUCUGACUACACCCAGAUCAUCUCCAAGACACCCCACAUCCCUGCCUUCGAGACCCUCGCCUUCAAGAACCGCACCAAUGGUGAGAUUGACUCUCUAUGGAGCCCUCUGUGGAUCGGACUGUACGCCCAACACCUGGAGCGCUGGCUGGCCUGGUUCCCCCGGGCCCAGAUCCACCUGGUCAGUGGGGAGGGCCUCAUCUCCGACCCGGCAGGAGAACUAGGAAAGGUCCAGGACUUCCUGGGCCUCCAGAGGAUUGUAACGGACAAGCACUUCUACUUCAAUAAGACUAAAGGUUUCCCCUGCCUGAAGAAGCCGGAGGGAAGCAGCAAGCCCCACUGCCUGGGGAAGACUAAAGGCCGAACACACGCCCCCAUCGACCCUGAAGUGAUCCGGAGACUGAGGGAGUUCUACAGGCCGCACAACCAGCGGUUCUAUCAGAUGGCUGGCCAGGACUUUGGAUGGCAAUGAGGACUCAGCAGAGUUAACAAGGUGAAACAUGAAUCCAUAGCAACAAAGACACCGAGGGGUAUUUGUCCGUCGGCUUCAGUUGGCACUCUGUACCUGUUACUGUGACUUGGGGCAAAGAGUCAUGAAAUAACCUCAUACUCUUGAUACAGAAGUGGCUCUGUGCUAGGAACUAAAUCCAAUGUUGAUAGACCUCUGGGUAGCGAGGGAAACAAAUAUCAGACAUUCCAUAUUGGUGACAGUGCUGAAAGACCAUCUCUAUGCUAGUUCCCUUUCAGCAUCGAAUAGAUGUUCAACAAAAAGAAAGUGGCACUUGAAGCUGGAAUCUUUAGUUGCUACAUCCAUUUUUGAAGUUGUAAAUUAAUGAUAUAUACCCAUUGAGUCUUGAAUAAUAAAACGUGCCUCAUGAGCUUAGUUCAACUGUCAUGUCCUAUCAGAACCCAAAAUACAAGCUUGUUUUACUCCAAUGUUUGUAAACUAUGUAAAUAUAAACAAACACAGCAUCGCCUCAAAACAUGGUUAAAACUAUAAUUUGCCUACAAAGGCAAAACGCAGUAAGUACAUAUUUGGUCAAAAUUUAGUUAAGACUGAAAUCAGGCUUUGUAGUAUCUGUUUGAUACUGUGUCCUGGUUCAAUUAUGUUCCAUUUUUAGAGAAAAUGGGAGUGAGAAAUUUGCAGUAACUGCAAAAUCCAAGUCAAAAACCCAGGAUUUCACUUUGGCUUUGAUCCACUAUAUUUGGACUGCAGUUACCUGCUCUGCCAUACAAAGGCAAAGAGCAGUAACUAUGCAAACGGUGAAACUGAGAAAAAUGGCUUUAAAGUUUAUUUGCUGUACAGCCCAAUAUGUUGUAGGUAGGCAAGUGAUAAUGCAAGUGAUAAUGCAUUAUCUUAUUAUGAAGUCAUUUUUUAAUGCAUUACAACCAUGACCACUGAUUUGUGACCCCGAAGUCAAAUAAAUGACCAUACAAAGUCAAACAGAAAAACAAUGAGUUGGAUAAACAUAUUCAGGUUGUAUAUACCGCACAAAGUCAAAAAUGUUUUGGAAGUAUCACCAUUCUGCGAGUGGAAAUAGUCCUAACCUUAAGGGUUAUCACAAUAGAACAUACAAAACAUGCAAACAUAACUACAUUACACCAUUAAAUACACUUGGGAUGUAGUUAGAACUCAAUCUCAAACUGUUUCCAUCAAACAGAAAAACAAGAAAAGUUGGAUAAAGACAUUUAGAUUGUAGAUACUGCACUUUGCCUUUGCAUUAGUUGUUUAAGGUCAUACAAAGGCAGAGUGCAGUAUCUGCAUUUUAGGGGUCAUAGGUCAAGUCAGUGGUCAUGGUUGAUACGCAUACAAAUCACUACAUAAUAAGAUGGUGUGGCAGUGCAUUAUCACUUAUCUACAGUGCUUGGUUUGUAAAUCGGGAGGUGUCGGAAACAAAAAGUUAGUAGAGGCGCUUGCAGAAGUUGCACACAUGUGGAUUUUCUUUCUGUAGCCUAGGCUCUGGGAAACAUGUGGAUUUUCUUUCUGUAGCCUAGGCUCUGGGAAACAUGUGGAUUUUCUUUCUGUAGCCUAGGCUCUGGGAAACAUGUGGAUUUUCUUUCUGUAGCCUAGGCUCUGGGAAACAUGUGGAUUUUCUUUCUGUAGCCUAGGCUCUGGGAAACAUGUGGAUUUUCUUUCUGUAGCCUAGGCUCUGGGAAACAUGUGGAUUUUCUUUCUGUAGCCUAGGCUCUGGGAAACAUGUGGAUUUUCUUUCUGUAGCCUAGGCUCUGGGAAACAUGUGGAUUUUCUUUCUGUAGCCUAGGCUCUGGGAAACAUGUGGAUUUUCUUUCUGUAGCCUAGGCUCUGGGAAACAUGUGGAUUUUCUUUCUGUAGCCUAAGUUCUGGGAAACAUGUGGAUUUUCUUUCUGUAGCCUAGGCUCCGGGAAACAUGUGGAUUUUCUUUCUGUAGCCUAGGCUCUGGAAACAUGUGGAUUUUUUUUUUUCUGUAGCCUAGGUUCUGGGAAACAUGUGGAUUUUCUUUCUGUAGCCUAGGCUCUGGGAAACAUGUGGAUUUUCUUUCUGUAGCCUAGGCUCUGGGAAACAUGUGGAUUUUCUUUCUGUAGCCUAGGCUCUGGGAAACAUGUGGAUUUUCUUUCUGUAGCCUAGGCUCCGGGAAACAUGUGGAUUUUCUUUCUGUAGCCUAGGCUCUGGGAAACAUGUGGAUUUUCUUUCUGUAGCCUAGGCUCUGGGAAACAUGUGGAUUUUCUUUCUGUAGCCUAAGUUCUGGGAAACAUGUGGCCUUUUAUAAACACGUUCUAC